AGUCAAGAAAAAGAAGAGUAUAUCUCUUUCACUGAACUUACACUAAAAACAAAACAAAAUUCUCUAUAAAACCCAAAUUUCCACUCCUCCUUUCUGUAUCGUGAUAAAAACCUCACUGGAAGUAACUGAUAUCAUCUUCUUCAUUUCAUUUAUAGGUUGUUGUUUUGAUCUUAUAAUAAUAAUAACAAGGGUAGUAAAUGGAGUUUACCAGGGGGUUAACGAGUAUAUUUCCUGGGUUUAGGUUUUCACCAACAGAUGUAGAACUAAUAAAUCAUUAUCUGAAGAAUAAAAUUGAUGGGUCUGAGAAAUGCGAUGAUGUGAUUUCUGAAGUUGAUAUUUGUAAAUUUGAGCCUUGGGAUUUGCCAGAAAAGUCCAUCAUUAAGUCGGAUCACGAGUGGUUCUUCUUUUCUCCUAGCGGCAGGAAAUAUCCCAAUGGUUCACAAGCUAAGAGAGCUACUGAAAUUGGUUUCUGGAAAGCAACUGGAAAAGAGCGUGGAAUUAAGUCAGGUUCUAAUAUCAUUGGUACUAAGAGGACAUUGGUGUUUCACGUGGGCCGUGCGCCCAAAGGUGAGAGGACAGAGUGGAUAAUGCACGAGUACUGCAUAAAACGUGACAAGGCUACUGCUAGAUGUGUGGAUCCCUAUGUUCUUUGUCGCAUUCGAAGGAAGCUAGAAAAUUCUGAAAAUGAUUCACAGAGUGCGGUGGUAGAGGACAAGCCAAUGGAUAACUCAAAGAAACAGAUUAGCGAUUCAGAUUCUGUCUCCUUCGAAAAACCUGAUGAUACGAAUAUUAACAAAAAGGGACAUGGGAUAGAAUCGGAAGAUGAUUUGUUUGCAGACAUAUUGAAUGAUGAUAUCAUCAAUCUUGAUGAAGCACCGGCAUUCUCAAGUCUCCAAGGAACUGCGCAGAGAAGGAUCAGAUUGGAAACACCAAAGAUAUCAAAUACAAAAACUAUAAGAGCCAGAAAGAAGAAUCCUGUAGCAGCAGCCAUAAUCCAGGAGGAGACCGAGCGACCAGUUAAGAUCACAAGCAACUCUGGUUGUAUGGUUAGCACUGGGUUGAUAUUGGUCGUUCUGAUUUUCUUCAGUUGGUUUUCGUUAUUGCCGAUGCUUAGUGGAUGUCGGCGUAUCAAAAGUUACGUAAAGUAUUAGUCUCCGGUUUAUUAUCUAAGGAGGCUAUUUGUUUAUUCAGAACAGUUUCAGAUGCAUUUCAAAAGAAUGCAACUUUGUUUAUAAAUAAAAAGCAUGCAUACCGAAGUAUGCUAUGAAAAGAUUAUCAGGAUA